AUGAGUCGUCAAAAAAAGAAGGAGAAGCUUGUCAAACCUCAAGAAAAGACUAAAAGCUUCCUAGAGCCAUGGCCAAAUCUCCCUCAACAGCUCCUCGACUUUAUGGGAAGGCAACAUCCUGAUGAAACCAAUCGUCUUAUGCAAAACAUCAGCUUCCUUGGUGUUACUAAAUCAUGGAGAUCAGUACCUAAGCAAUGUAGUACCAAAAAUGCACAAUUACCCUGGCUUGAAAUUUCCGACAAAGAUCAUUUCUUCCGGUCCAAGACUCAAGAGCAUACCCUCAACAUCCCAUUUCGACUAGGUGAAUAUUGGUGGUACGGUAGAAGGACAUCAUGGGAUAUUCCUUGGACACAUUUUCAUGGAUGUUCACACGGGUUGAUUGUUGCUGGAGGGAAGGAUCCUGCAAUGUACUGUCUCUUGAUUCCUACUUCAAGAUUCACUUAUCGGAGUAUUCCCACUUGGGAUCCCACAAUUCCAUUCAAGUUUGCAACUCUGUCUUCAAAUCCUUAUAACAAUAACAAGGCCUGUUUUCUGAUGGUGUUAACAGGAUGUUCCACUCCAGCCUUUGUGGUUUCUCAUCUUGGAUACCAAAAUAAAUGGAUGAAAGAAGAGAACACCUUGCUUGACCCUAACUGCUCAAAAAGGAAACUAAUGCAAUUUACUAAUGCCAUCGGCUUUGAAGGUAAGUUCUAUGCAUUAAGUUUACAAGGUACUUUAGCUGUAAUCGAAGAAAUUGAAUCCAGUUUUCAAAUCACUAAAUUAAGCAGAAGCCGAGCAGUUCCAUCAGUUUUUCCAAAACACUUCACAGAGUAUUUACUUGAAUCCAAUGGAGAGAUCUUGUUGAUUUUCUUGAUAUUUGAACAAUUGAUUAGGAAGGUGGAUAAAGUGGAAGUGUUCAAGCUACAGAUGGAUGAUCUAUCAUGGUUAAAAUUGGACAAGUUUGGAAAUAGAACAUUGUUUGCAGGCACUAAUUAUUGUAUGUUCGUUAAUGCAAGUCAAUUGGGCUGCAGAAGCAACUGUGUCUAUUUCAUUGAGCGUGCUACUAAUACUUGGCGGUUUUAUGAAAUGGGAAGUGAUACUAUUUCUCCCUGUUUUGAUGAUUAUGGUUCUCAAACAAUAAGUCCAGUAUGGGAAGAGCCAAUAGUUGAAAACAAAUUUCUUGUAAGAUAA